UUACUGAUAUUUCAUCCAUUUUCCCCAUUUUCCACAUUUUUGUCACUUUUUAAUCGAUAUUUGACCGAUGAUUUUUUUUUUCUAAUUAUUAAAUAAAUUAAUUCUAAAUAUUUUAUUUUUACAUAUGAUUUAAUUUAUAACCAAAACUAUAAAAACAUAAUUUUUUUAUAUAAUCGGUAUAUUUAUUAAAUAUAAAAAUAAAAAUAUUAAAAUAUUAUACAUAUAUUAUUAUUUAUUUGAUAUUAUUAAAUACAUUUUAAUCAUAAUUUUAAUAUUAAAUUAAAUAUAUUAUUAUAAAAUAAUACAUAAUACAACUUCGUAAUAAAUAUAUAUUUAUAAAAUUUAUACUUUUUAUCCACUUAUUAAAUAUGAUAAAUUAUAUAUAUUAAAAAUAUCAAAUUUUCCGUUUUAUGUAAUUUUUUAGAGUUUUUUUUUUUUUAUAAAUAUUUUCAGAAUUUUCAUUACUUUUCAUCUAUAUUUUGCGUCAAAAUAUCCGUGGACUCGAUCGCUUUUCAUCCUUGCUUAAAAACGACGUCGUUUUCAAGCAACCGUCUCUGUGAAAAUGCAAACAAUGGCGACACAGGUUUUGACUACCCAGUGUAAUACAGAGAGAGGGUGAGAGUGAGGGAGAAGACCCACAUCACCAUAAACAAUGAGUGAAGGACCAAAACUCUACACCAACAGACCCAAAAAAGCCCAGGUGAAGCAAUUUCUGCAACAACAACAAAUGAAAGGUACUGGUUUAUCAGCAUCAUCGUCGCCAAUGGGUGCGCAGUCUUCUCCGCCGCCUCCCCCGCAGCCGAAGGAGUCUUUUGUUCGGCGUUACAAAUUCAUGUGGCCUCUUCUCUUGACCGUCAAUCUCGCUGUUGGAGCUUACAUUUUUAUGAGAACAAGAAAGAAAGAUACAGGCAUAGAGGAAGAAGUUGCAGCAGCUGUUGUCACUACUCCAGUUUCAACUACGGCUGCUUCAACUGCCCCAGCUCCGGUUAUUGAAAAACCAAUACCAUCUCCACCUAUCAUGGCACCUGUGAAGUUGCCUGACCCAAUUCCAGAGAACCAACAGCGCGAGAUUUUCAAGUGGUUAUUGGAAGAGAAGAGGAAGGUCAAGCCAAACAAUCCUGAAGAGAAGAAGCGCAUUGAUGAAGAAAAAGCUAUUCUGAAACAGUUCAUUCGAGCAACAUCCAUCCCAACUUUCUGAUUGUUGAACAUAUAUUCUUGUUUGAUCAAACUGAAGAUUGAAUCAAAUUUCUUUUCUGGAUGAUGAAGUUUGUACCUUGUUCCUUUGGAAUAUUGUGAAUAAUCAAUCAUUUUCCUGAAAA